CGCGUGGUUCUGCUCCAAGCCUGCUGGUCACGCCACGACUCUGCUUUAUAUACUUCUCUGUGCUCUCUUCUUUCGACCACGAGUGUGUGGGUUCGCUUCAAGCCAGCUGGAAAUCGGACACCGAGUAUACGCAUCAGACGAGGCCGCACCGAUCAAGCUCAGCUACCGGAAGAUUUACAUAAUUAGGUCAAAGGUGCGAGGAAUGCUUCGAGUGUGGAGGUGCGGUGCUAUCCUCGGCGGUCUGCUGCUGGUGUGCUCGCUCAAUAACCCACUGCUGGUCCGCGCCGAGGAGGACGAGUUCGACGCGGGGAAUUUCGAGAUAGGACUCGACCGAGGAAUCGAGCUCAGCGAGCUUGAAUACGAGGACCAGUGCAAGCCCGUGGCCGAUGCCGAGUGGAAGCUUCUGCACGACGCCAAGAAUCCCUCGACCCUAGAGCAAUGGGAGAAGGCCCUGAGGCAGUUCGCCAGCUUCAAGAAGCGGGAGAGGCAGAGGAUGAACGAUGAGUUCCAGGAGACGAGCGACGACGAGUCCUCGGCUCUGGUCUAUAAGUUCUCGGUCAUCAAAACUCCCGGGGACGCUCUGCUCGAGGAUGCCGACUACGAGAAGCUGGUCAAGUUCGUCGGGAAGAACAGGGUGCUCCGAGCUACCAGCAGGUACUCGAACGCCGGCAAAAACUUGACCCGAGAAGAAGUGGAAUACCUACUCUCGCACAAUGGCAAGCCGGAAGACAAGCUGAGAGCCUGGGCCACUUGGCAUCAGAGCUUCUCCUCUCAACUCGACGACUUUCCGAGUGUGCUUCAGCUCGUCCAAAAAGCCGCCGAGGCAAACGAUCAAAACGACGCCAAAAGCUACUGGGAACUGCUGACCGGCGAGAGCGACGCCUACUCGUACUUCCCGAUGCAGCUCGACAGGUUGACCGAACUGCGGCAGACGCUAGUCAAUUUCACGGGCUCACGCCUCGCCAAGAAGUACAAUCUCGAGUUGAGAAAGCUCGACGACAAGUACCUCGUCCCCGCGCACUUACUCGGUUCCCUGUCGGGCAGCGACUGGACGCACUUGGCUUUCGACGUCGCGCCCAAGCCUCAGGUCUUCGCCGACAUCCGGACGAAUCUCUGGGAGAAGAGAAUGAUGGGCAGGUCGCUGUACAAGGUCGCGAGUUCUCUGGGCAAGAGAUUCCUCGGUCAGUCCGUGUCGCCCUAUCAUCAAGCCGAGUCGGACUUCUGGGGCAACAGCAACUUCAGAGCCGAGUGUCCCGGCAGUCUAGUCAGCUUUUGCAAACUCGAGAAGAUCAGAGUGUCGACGUGCAACGAGCCCUCGAUCGCCAACUACCUGGCGGCCCACAAGAACGUCGCGAAAAUCCUGCUCCACCAGAUGUCCUCCAAGUUUCCGAUCCUGAACGACGUCAACCGCUACUCCGUGAUGGAGGAAGCCGUGGCCGAGCUGUUCUCCAUUCUGGCGGCCAGUCCAGCCUGGCUGAGGAACGUGGGCCUGAUGAACGCCUCCAUAGGCCACGAGGAGGCCAAACUGGCUUCGUUGACCAUCACGGCUCUGGACGUUCUGCCGAGACUGGCUUACUAUAGGACCGUCGACGAGUGGAGACUGCAGGCCAUCGAGAACAACGAGACGGACCCGAAGAAGCUGACGUCCGACUGGUGGAAACAUAGAUUGCAGAACGAAUUCACGUAUUCCGAAGACGGCGAGCCGCCGACGUUCUUGAGCGAUGACCACGUUGCAAGCAACAAGCCUUACCUGUCCAAAAUACUGGGAAUCGUGCUAGCUUUCCAAAUGUACGAGAACAUCAUGAAGAGUACGGACAUAAGGCACGAGUACUUUGACAAGAACUCCUCCAACAGCAACCUCGUAUAUAUGGUCCAAAACAACUCCGAGAACUGGAAGACUCUGAUCAAUACCUUCAUGAAAAUCGACAGCAUCUCCCCGCAGCACAUGUCGACUUUCUUCGAGGAGCUCGAAUUUUACUACCAAAACCAAGACUACGACGAAUCCAAGAACACGACGUACGACUACAACGCCAAGGAGAUCGAGCUCGAGCAGCUCGAGAAGAGGUACCGCAAGAUGGCCGCGACCACUACCACAAGCACGACCACGACAACCACGACCCCGAAAGCCACGACCACAACCACGACCACGACCUUCAGAUCCGUAGUGGUCAAGACCAAGAUUCCUAAAUCCCAGAUCAAGGACUCGCUCCUCAAGUCCGGCGAAUCCAUGAAGAAGCCCGUGGACAAGGAGCUGAGCUUCCAGGAAGACAACGAGGAGUCGCCCAAGGUCAACACGAGCAAAGCCGUCUGGGUCGUGGCGGCCGUCCUCGUGGCAACCGUCACCAUCUGCAUCAUCGCCAUCUUCGGCAGGCGGCGCUGCAACCGAACGCCAAAGAACCGCCGAUACGUCUAGAGGAUCCGAUCUUGUCUUCUCAAUGCCAAGAGAGAAUCCUCCGACGUGGCUCUGCGCUAGAGAGCCAGAAUCGUCCUUGGUCUUUCACGAGGUGCAAAUUAAAACUAUAAAGAGAAGGAACGCCAGAGUGGGUGUGUGUGUGCGUGAGAGAGAGAGAGAGAGAGAGAGAGAGAAAGAGUAAAGAUGAUUGUGAUGAAAAUUCGAGCGUUAACAUUCCAUGUAGCGUGAUAAGACGUUUCUCUCGCGGUUUAUCGAUGUAAUAAGACAUGAAAAUUGCAAUGCAAGACAGGGACACAGGCUGGUUCAAGACUUUGUCUGUCCGAUACAGGCGCGUAGAGAUGUCCCCGGAAGACUUUGCCGAAUGCAGGAUCCGCGAAUUAUCCUGCUGUUGACUGUCCUGGUAAUUAGAUUUGUAUAUCCAUUUGCAUAUUGGCAUCAUUAUCAUACGCGUAUUUUGCAUUUUCUCGAAUCAAACUCGAGUCGAUCGUUUUAUACGUAUAGACGCGAAAUCGCGACAAUGAACCCGUGCCAAAAUACUGCCAUUUUUGUAAACAAUAUAUACACCAACUCGUUUUAACCGGAAUAAAGUAACAAACAAUGCCGAUGUUGUAUAAACUUACUUUCUCGACUAUCGGCGAUGAUCGAACUUUCACUCGGAAAUUUCCUUUCAAUAUGGAUACUCUCGCGUUUUUCGAACAGACAAAUAUUAUUAUACAUAUAUAUUAGAUUAUAAAUAUACGUCUGGAAGGCGAAACCGGGGGGUUAUUUGACUCGCCGGUUAUAACUCGCGCCUCCUAAUACAUAUAUUCUAGCACUUUUUCGAUUUGAUCUAAGAAAUAAAAAGAGAAAAGCAGUUUUGCAAUCGACAGUAUUCUAUGCGUACUGUGAAGCGUUUACAAAAAGUCCUCAAGCUCAAGAUGCUCGACGCAUCGAUGCACAAAUAUACUUCUAGUGAGUAGCGAAAAAGAGGGAUGAGAUGUGCAAAGGAGUUUACUUUAUUGUAUGCAGUUUGCGUGAGCCGGUAUAAAAGGACGAUAGUAUAGGUAAACGAUGAGUGUACAUACGAAUGUGUAGCGGAUUGCUCAAUCCGAGCAAUGUUAUUAUUAUUAUAAUUACGAUUAUAAGUAUCCCUAGGACUUAAGGAUAGAUUUUAAGUCAUAGUAGUUUUCAUUUCCGUUUUCUUUAAUACUGCGUAAAUGAUUACGUUGUAAGUCUUGUAAUUGUAAAUGUCGGUGCGCGCGCGCACUUUGCCUACGCGACUGUACAACCGACAUAAAUCGUAUGCAAUAAGCGCGCGUGCGCCGCUAGGCCCCUGUGAGGAUUUAUAUUUUUUAUAAAAGUAUUUAUUUUGUACCUAAAUUUCGAACUUUCAACGAGAGCAAUAAAAUUCUACGAUGAGGUACAAAGAGUCACACGUGAGUUUUGUUUUUAUGUUCCUAGCGUAAAGCAUGCCGAUUUUUCGAGUGAUUCAAUAAUUUAUACGAGCCGUGAGUAUAUCGAAUUUUGGGCGAUGAAAUAUUUCUAUGACAUUUGUACAUGCGACUCAUGUAAGGAACACAUUUACAGUCUGCCGGAACUAAUAAAAUAUAUCUACAACUGUUAUUAUAAAUUA